GUAUCUGUUCUCCGAAUCAGAAAUAGAAAACUCGAGAUUCGCAAGGUCAGAAGAGACUCCGAACGCACUUCGUCUCGGGCGUUGCUGGAGUUUGGAAAUUCAAAUUUGAACUCGGAAGAGAUUUCAUAAAUUUUGGCAAUCAAAACGCCGGGUACUGUCGUUCCUAUCUUCAUUGGAUCUUUGUGUUUUUGCAUGUCAGCGUGAUUAUACCAUUCCACUUGGAAUUGGUAGUCAUUAAGCGAGAUUCUCUCGGUGCGUUCGGUUGAUAGUGGUCAAACUCCACCAUGGGAUUUCUAUGCCGGGCGAGUCUAGCAGUAUUUGUGGUGUUUGUUGCUUUCUCGGCCUACAAGUUCAGAGAAUCUACGAAGCCAAUAGAAGCUCCCAAAUUUGAUCUGAAUCAAUACUGGGGACCAGGCAAGAAGUCGGAUUACAAGGAGAACACAGAAGUAGUGAAAUAUGAAAUCUCCUUCCCAGAUAAAGCGAUCGAAGCUUUGAAGAAAGAUUUGAGUAAAGCAAUCGAAUUUCAAGCUCCUCUUGAAGGCAUUGGGUUUGAGUAUGGAUUCAACACGGUCUACUUGCAAAAAGUCAUAAAAUAUUGGCGAGAUGAGUACCUGCCUAAGUGGAAAUCACGGGAACUCUUCCUGGGCAAAUGGCCACAUUUUACAACCAAUAUACAAGGGUUGCGCAUUCAUUACAUUCACCACCGCUACGGAAAUCCACCAAAGGGAAAGAAAGUUUUUCCACUUUUGCUCCUCCAUGGAUGGCCUGGAUCUGUACGAGAAUUCUAUGAUUUGAUACCGCUACUAGUUGACAACGCCGAUAGCAAAUAUGCUUUUGAAGUUGUCAUCCCAAGCUUACCAGGAUAUGGUUGGUCACAGGGUUCAUCUAAGACAGGCCUUGGACCAGCUGAAAUAGCUGUGAUAUUCCGCAAUCUAAUGUUCAGAUUAGGCUACAAGAAAUUCUUCAUUCAAGGAGGUGACUGGGGAUCACUGAUUGGAUCAAAUAUCGCUACACUGUUCCCAGAGGUCGUUUUAGGAUAUCACUCUAACAUGUGUGCAUCUCCUUCAUUCUUGUCAAUGAUCAAAAAGACCAUUGCUAGCUAUUAUCCAAAACCCUUCGUUCCGGAGGGAUACGAGGAUUUCUUCUUCCCACAAUCGGAAAAGUUCAAGUAUAUGCUGGAGGAAACAGGAUAUUUUCACAUUCAAGCUACAAAGCCAGAUACAAUUGGAACUGUACUAACACAUAAUCCUGUUGGUUUGGCUGCCUAUAUUUUAGAGAAAUUUUCAACUUGGACAAACAAAGACUACAGGAAACUAAGUGAUGGAGGUUUGGAGAAAAGGUUCACUCUUGAAGCCCUGCUGGAUAACAUAAUGAUCUACUAUUUGACUAACUCAAUCACAACAUCGCAACGUCUCUAUUCGGAGGCUUUCACUUUGCGUGAACUUGCACUUCAGCUUGAUCGUGUUCAAACCAAUGUCCCAACAGGAUGUGCUCGUUUUAAACAAGAUUUAGCUCAUGAUUUAGAUUGGGCUCUAAAAGAUAAGUUUACAAAUCUUAUCCAUAGUACAUAUCAUAAGGAUGGUGGUCACUUUGCUGCUUUUGAAUUGCCUAAAGUUUUGUAUAAAGAUUUUAUCGAAUUCAUUGAUAAAGUUGUUAAAAUAAAUAAUUUGUAAGAUUUUGAUUGUGUUGUUAUAUUCAUGAAUAAAAACGGCUUUUGUGUUA